AUGGAUGAGAAGCCUACCACCAGGAAAGAUUCGGGUCUCUGCUCACUACGCUAUGGGCUGGCUCUCAUUAUGCACUUCUCCAACUUCACCAUGAUAACGCAGCGUGUGAGUCUGAGCAUUGCCAUCAUCGCCAUGGUGAACAGCACACAGCAUCAGGACCCAGCUAACGCAUCCUCUGAGGGGCCUUUGACAGACCCCCUUGGUAACUGGAGCAGAAGCAUCAAGGACUUUAGUACUCGGGCUGCUGUUUAUCAGUGGAGCACAGAGACGCAGGGCAUCAUCUUUAGCUCCAUCAGCUAUGGAAUCAUACUGACUCUAAUUCCAAGUGGCUACUUAGCGGGCAUAUUUGGAGCAAAGCAGAUUCUUGGUGCUGGUUUGCUCAUCUCAUCCCUGCUCACGCUGGUUACUCCACUGGCUGCUGACUUUGGGGUGAUUUUGGUCAUCGCCAUUCGCACAGUCCAGGGAAUGGCCCAGGGAAUGGCGUGGACCGGUCAGUUUACAAUUUGGGCAAAGUGGGCUCCUCCACUCGAACGGAGCAAGCUCACCAGCAUUGCUGGCUCAGGGGCAGCAUUUGGGUCCUUCAUCAUCCUCUGUGUGGGGGGAUUAAUCUCACAGUCAUUGGGCUGGCCUUUUAUCUUCUAUAUCUUUGGUAGCAUUGGCUGUGUCUGUUGUGUCCUGUGGUUCACAGUGAUUUAUGAUGACCCCAUGCAUCACCCGUGCAUAAGUGUGAGGGAAAAGGAACAUAUCACAUCCUCACUGGCUCAGCAGUCUAGUUCUCCCAGAAGAUCCAUCCCCAUAAAGGCUAUGGUCAAAUGCCUGCCACUGUGGGCCAUUUUCAUGGGUUUUUUCAGUCAUUUCUGGCUAUGCACCAUAAUCAUAACCUACCUACCGACGUACAUCAGUACGGUGCUCCACGUUAACAUCAGAGAUAGUGGGGUCCUGUCCUCCCUGCCUUUCAUCGCCGCCGCCAGCUGCACCAUUUUAGGAGGACAGAUGGCAGAUUUCCUUCUGUCCAGGAACCUUCUCAGCUUAAUCACAGUUCGAAAACUCUUCUCAUCCCUGGGGCUCCUUCUUCCAUCCCUCUGUGCUGUGGCCCUGCCUUUUGUGACUUCCAGUUACAUAGCAACCAUUGUUUUGCUGAUACUCAUUCCUGGGACCAGCAAUUUGUGUGACUCAGGGUUCAUCAUCAACACCCUAGAUGUUGCCCCCAGAUAUGCAAGUUUCCUCAUGGGCAUCUCCAGGGGAUUUGGGCUUACUGCAGGAAUCAUCUCUUCCACUACCACCGGAUUCCUCAUCAGUCAGGAUUCUGAAUCAGGAUGGAGGAAUGUGUUUUUCCUGUCUGCUGCUGUCAACAUGCUCGGUCUGAUCUUUUACCUUAUGUUUGGACAAACAGAGAUUCAGAGCUGGGCCCGAGAAAGGACUCUCACCCGCCUCUGA